ACUUAAUUGUCCGAAAUGGUCCGGACUUGUCCCCAACUCGUGCAAAAUGUGUGUCCACAGACAGUGAUUGCACACAGGAAGCCAGUCACGAGACAUCCUUUUUUUUUUUUUCACAGAGUAAACAUAGCUAGCUUUCAACUGAUGAUAAUGUUGACCUAGAACCCCACGAGAAACUGCUGAAUCGAUCUAAGGUGCAAGUUGAGUCUCUUCGCAGCAAUGGGAAAUUCAAACUCCUGUUGUAACAAUCUGGGGAUCCCCCCAGCAAAAGGGCCCAAUGCCGUGGGAUGUUCAGAUUUCAUGAUGGAUCACACUGUAGAGGGCACCUUCUUUCGGCUAUACUAUCCAUGUGUAGCAUACGAGGAUGCUGAAAAACCAGACUGGAUCCCAAGCAGAGAAUAUUUCAAUGGGCUUGCAGACUUCAUGAAAAUCAACAGAGGCCUGAGUGAAAAGAUUUUUGAUUACCUCUUUGGAUCUUUUAAGAUACCUGCUGCCAUGAAUGCCCCGUAUAAACAGAAUGGGAAGUGUCCAGUUGUUGUGUUCUCUCAUGGACUUGGUGCUUUCAGAACUUUAUAUUCAGCCAUAUGCGCAGAACUGGCCUCACAGGGCUUCAUAGUGGCAGCAGUGGAACACAGGGAUGAAUCUGCCGCUGCCACAUUCUUCUACCAUGGAAAGACUGAAGAGCCUGAGGAGAAAGAAGAGGCGUCGGUGACUAAACCCAACCCUGAGGCCCCAGAGAACCUGGUAGAGGAAUGGAUGUACUACAGAUCUCUGAAACCAGGCGAGAGUGAAUUCCCCCUCAGGAAUAAACAGGUGAAACAGAGAGCCGAUGAAUGCAUAAAGGCUUUGGAUACACUGAUCCAAAUCAACUCAGGAAAGAAGAUGGAGAACGUGCUUGGGACAGAGUUUGACUGGAUGACUUUGGCGAACUCUAUGGACUUGUGCCGGAUAGCAGUGAUGGGCCAUUCUUUCGGUGGAGCAACAGUGAUCGAAGCCCUCUGCAAAGAGGUCAACUUCAAGUGUGGCAUUGCCCUGGACUCGUGGAUGCUCCCCCUGGAUGAGGAGAUCAACGUCAGGGUAAAGCAGCCCAUCUUCUUCAUCAACUCUGAGAAGUUCCAGUGGGCCGGGAACAUCAUGCCCAUGAGGAAACUGGUACCACCUGACUCCACCUCCACGCAGAGGAAAAUGGUCACCAUUAAGGGAACCGUUCACCAGAGCUUCCCAGACUUCACCUUCCUGACAGGCAACUGGAUCGGGAAGAUCCUGAAGCUGAAAGGAGAGAUUGACCCUCAGGUCGCCAUCGAUCUCUGUACUAAAGCAUCGCUAGCGUUCCUACAGCGACAUCUAGGUAUGGAUAAAGACUUCAAUCAAUGGGACCAUCUAAUAGAGGGCAAGGACGACAACCUCAUUCCAGGCACCAAUGUCACAGAAAUACCUUAGUUCAGUUCCAUCUAAACUUUGGACUUUACACAAUACCACUAGCUGAACUCAAGGUGACAACAUUUGCUGCACUGAGCCUUGAAAUUGUUUCAUCAUGGACAAAAUGUAAAAUCAAUUCAAAGCAAUUUCUACUACAGGCAAUCUUUACCAGUAACAAAUUAUGAUUGCUUGGAGAGGGGGUAUAUCUCCAAGUAUUGGGAUAAACAGCUUUUUUAGUUUCAUAGUAUGUAUAUAGAGCAGCUAAGAACACAAUUUGCUGUACUCAUCAGUAUCUUUGUACCUGAACCAAAUUGUGGUUGCAGUGUGCUAUGCGAUUAUACACCUGUAUGGGAUAUUAUACAAGAGUACGGUUUAGACAUUUAGUUGAUCAAGGAGUCUUUGUUAAUAUAGUUCAAAGAUUUCAUUUUAUAACCCCCAGAUGGUUCAUGUGAUUAUGACUUUGGUUAAAUAUAUUAUUUAGCAUGAUUGCACAGAAUACAGAUUGAGAUAAUGUAGCGAAGAUGCAACAAGAAUCUAACAAAUUGAUGACACUUAGCUCACAAAGGAUGAGAUGUUUCUUGAUUCCUUUGAACCAGAGCCAUAAAUAUGUCAUGUGCCUUACCCUACAGCAGCCUACCUUUCUCCUUCCUCCUGGGUUGUAUUUGUUAGUCACCAAACGGAAAACUCACUAAAACAACCUGAACUUGUCCAAUGAGAAACGCUCCUUUCCGUUUUCUGUUGGAAAACUAAUGCAGUUUCCCAACUCCUCGAGUAUCCCCAACAGCACACAUUUUUGUUGUAGCCCCGGACAAACUGAUUCAACUUAGAGGGCUUGAUGAUUAGUUGACAAGUUGAAUCAGGUGUGCUUGUCUGGGCCUCAACAAUGUGUGCUGUUUGGGGUACUGGAGUUGGGAAACACUGCCCUAAUAAAUACAACCCUGGAACACUCAAAUGUAACAGCUUCUUUUCUAGCCUUCAUUUCCAUGUUUUUCAUUUUUACACUACUGUAAUCCAAUGCGUCUAAUUUGUAUACAACUAUAAAUGGAUACUGUGAA